AUGCAAUCAUCACAUUACGGCGUCUCAGAUCCCGACGGCACGUGGAACGAGAACCAAUCCAACGCGUUCAAUUCGUUGAUUUCUUUAGCCAAAGGGCAAAGAGAUAUCGUCCAGGCGGGUGAGGCGUGUUUGUACGAACGCUCGAAAGAAGUCGAGGAAGGCGAUAUCGCGAGCACGGAGGUGCAAGAAUUAGUUUCGGAGAUGUUAAGGAUAGUGAAAGGACGUGGGGUUGGUUUAGCCGCGCCGCAGAUUGGCGUGAAGAAGCGGAUAUUCGUGAUGGAAGAUACCGAGGAAGGCAUGUCGGACGAAAGCGAGGAAGAGAGGGAGAGGAAGAAACGGUAUCCGUUUAAAGCGAAAGUGGUUAUCAAUCCGGUGCUGAUACCGAUCGGAGACGCGAGCGCGGCGUUUAUGGAGGGAUGUUUAUCCGUGCAAGGCUAUAGGGCGCUGGUGAGGAGACAUUUAAAGGUGAAAUUGAAAGGCGUCGCGCCAGAUGGGAAACCUAUCGACGUGGAUUUAACUGGGUGGCCGGCGCGCAUCGCCCAACACGAGAUGGAUCAUUUGAACGGCGUUCUCUACGUCGACAGAAUGGAGAAGAGAACGCUGAGAAGAGUCGAUAAAGUCAACGCUCCAGUGCCGACGGAGAAGCACGACGAAUUCGGCGCGUGCGCUUCUGUCGGCGAAACCGCGACGGGCGGUUCGUACCUCUCCAACAAGUCCGCCAUCGCCGGCGCGGAAGACAUAGAAACGUUAACGAAGAAGAGCAAAAAUAGACGGAGGCGGUGA